CUUCAUUCCCUCCAUCAGUCCCUGCGAGAUCUGAGCACUGACCAGCUACGUCUGCAUGAUGACCUGGGCCGGGAGCUUGCUCGGAGGAACAGAACCGACGCGGACACAAAGAAAACCCUGGAAGAAUUAUCUGCCCGCCUGAAUGAGAGCCAGCACCAGGAGACGGUGUCUGAGCGGGUGCAGAGGCGGCUGCAGCAGUUGGAGAAGGAGAUGAGGAUGGAGAGGCAGCAGGCAGAGGGCCGGCAAGAGCAGCUGGGUCAGGUGUCCACUCAGCUUCAAGAGGCCCUUAAAAAACGGGACUCCAAGUCACAUGAGGCCCGUGAGGUGGAAUCAUCGCUGAAAGACAAGCUUGGGAAAACGGAGAGUGAAAAGAUCCAGCUGGAGGUGGAGUUGGAGAGAUAUCGGAGGCGGUUGGAUCAGACGGAGGGAAGUCGGGAAACUCUUCUGUGCCAGGUUGAAGAUCUACGCAGUCAGCUGACGAAGAUGGAAGAUGAUCGCAGUCACCUGCAGCUCCAGAUCUCCCAGAUGUCUCAUAUCCAGCAUGAGAAGAGUGAGGAGGACAGAAGGGUCCGGACAG